CUGUUUAAGGUGGAAGCAGCUCUCCUUGGUGAUCCUGACAAUGAAGAACUAAAGAAGCUCAAAGCAGAUUUGGAAGAAGUCAUAAAUCUGCAAGAAGAGCUGGCUAGCAGCUCGGCAUCCGGCUCUGCGAACGGCGCUGCUCCAGCUGCGCCACAUCCAGUGAAAAAAUACGAGGUCGGUGAUCGUGUUAUGGCGCCUCUACCUAAUGGUAAUCGUGCUGUUGCAGUAGUUGACUCAUUAACGGCGGCUGGAGUUGCAGUCAUUUUCAUUAGUAAGUUUUUGGAUUACGCUCCUUCUGUAGCGUAUUUCUCAAGCUUCUGCCACCGUUGA